CAGAAGGGUUUUGGCAACAUGAACGCUGGCUAGCUUGCGAGGCUCGGUUGGUUCGGUUGGUUCGGUUGGUUCAGCUGGAUUGUGGGAGCUAGUUGGCGGUCUGUGGUUUGCUUUUUUGUAUCUGACGCAGAGCGAAUUGAAUAAUGAGCAAAUCUACUUUUAAAUCGAGCGGUGGAGGGAGUACAGACGGACCUGAUAAGGUUGACAUGUCUUUGGAUGAUAUAAUCCGGCUUAAUAAAAAACAAAAACAAAUGCAGGCCCAGAAGACAAAACGCAGACUCCCAGUAAAAGGUCGGUUCUCCCAAGGGAUUAAAAAUGGACCAAGAGCUGUAGUGUCAUCUAAAAGAGGUGUUGGUGUUGUGAACAAGCGCUUUGGUCGGAACCGUAAACUUCCACUCGCAGUAGCCAGGCGUCGUGGGCAGGGGGUCAUCACUGGGUUGGCAGCGAGGAAGAAUGCUGCAUUGCUUAAAGGUAUCAGUCCACUCAACCGACCUGCCCAGAACCGGCCAAUGCUGAACCGACAGGCAGCAAACAGCACAGCUUUUAACCAGAGAUCUCAGCCAUUUGUCCCACGGCGUGACUCCCAGCGCAGACAGAUGCAGCUCCAGAGGAGACCAAACCGACAGGUGGAUUCACACAAACCUCAGAGCUCAGUUUCACACAGACCCUUUCGGCUCCGCAGGAAGUGGAAUGCUCCAGCUGCUCAGCAAACACAGAGAGAAGCUCGGCAGGCCACUUUCCUUUUCAGAAGAGGACUCAAGGUUCAUGCGCAAGUUCAGAAGACAAAGUCGGCUCCACCCAUACAGAGAACUCGAGCGUGGCGCACUCCUACAAACAACAAUGGCAUUCUCACCGUGUCAAUAGACAACCCCACAGCAAGAACACAGCCCGAGCCUGCCCAGUCUUGGUCCCUGCAUCCUGUGACUUCAACACGUUCGUCAACUCCACCUAAAGAAGAACCAGAGAGGAAACCACCGAAGGGUGUUGCCCUGCAGUUUGAUAUCAACAGUGUUGGAAAACAGACGGGAAUGACCCUAAACGAGCGGUUUCGCAUUCUGAAGGACCAGCGUGUGGCGGGAGCACAUCAGAGCAGUAAAGGAGGCCGAUUCGUCACUGUGGCCUAGAUCUGAACUCUUGAGACACUGCUCAUAGCUCAUCACUCAUCACACACACACACACACUGAGCCACACCAAUCCUACAGAACCCAACAGACAAAUAAGGACCGUUGCUGAACCAAUGCUGUUUAUGACUCGAAUUCAAACACAUUGAAUUUCCCUGGUUGAAAGUGGACCAGAAACUGAAUGCAGCUAUUUUGUUUUUUGCAAGAGUUGGGGAAGUGUUUGAUUUAGUUUUUUGUAAAUGUCUGCUGUCCUCUCCACACUAAGCAAGCAUAACUCUCGUCCCUCAAUUUCAGUUACCAUUGUAUUGUCUUCUAAACUGCCCUUGAUGUUCGAUUGAGUUCUGUUUUUUUAUAUAAGCAUAAUACAGUUGCAGCUCAAAAUCAAUUGAACGUUUUCUGGUUAGACCUUGUCUUUGUGUUUCCUAAAGCUGUUGAAUGAAGAAGAUUGCAUUUCUUUUGUAGAGCAAAAAAAAAAAAAAGUCUUAAGAUGUUUUAUAAUGUUUCAAUUAAACAAAUGCAACAUUGUGCACAAAAUGUUGUCUUUCAUUUUGUGAGAAUUGAAAAGUGCUUUGAAUUGUUUCUGCAAUACAACACAUUAACUAAGAGUGGAUGAAAUGUAAUAUUUAAUUUAACAGUAUAGGGCAAGUUUCUGCUACACAACAGACUGAAAA